AUGUUGCUCUUCAAGGUAUGCCUGGGAAACAAUGAUACCGAGGAGUCUAAAUGGCCAAAAAAUGCAAUGUUGACUCCUCCUGAGGAGGCAGUGUUAUUGGAACCAUCCCGAGGAGCAGAUAAGGCCAGCAUGAAGCUCUUCAGCAAAUCUAAUUCUCUUCCUGGUCUCCAAGAGUCUUUUGGACCUGAGGACGAAGAUGGCGAAUCCGACUCCUCCUCUGAUGUUUCCUCCAUGAGUUCAGAACAAGAGGGUGACGCCAAGAAGACGAUAGAGGAAACAACGUCUCACAUGAACCCCAAGGCUGCCGAAUAUCUCAACAAACGAGGUAACAUGACGCCUCUUCAAGAAAAGAUCAAUGGUUUGACCACUCUUCCCGCUGGAAUCUAUUGUGCUAUAUUCUGCCUAACGGGUUCCUGGCUCAGCCAAACCAUGAUUCAAGAAACAAGACAAGAAGCAGCAAUUGGCAGCGAUUUUCAAGGAGACGGUUGCAUAUCCGUAUCAUGGCUUCCCAAUUUGCACGCCAUGCCGCCCUUAACUGUCAUCGCUGGUGCCAUGAGUAUGAUUCUGCAUAUGCCCUUUUCAUUCAUUUAUCAUUGCAUCUACGCACACAAAUUGUCGUCCACAGCCCGGAUCGAUCAUUGGAGUCGACGCAUGGAUCAAUGCAUGUUGCACGUGUAUUCGGCAUUGCUGUCGUACGCCUUUUCGGGUCGAUUGGAUUUCUUUUUGGUGAACUUGGUUUUGAAUGUGGAUUGCAUUGUCAAGCAAUGGGAAAAGCGCAUUAUUCCAGUACGCAAUCAAUCUCGACUUGUGCUAUCCAUCAUGUGCUUUACUCUCCCCAUCCUAGAAAACGGAGACUAUAGCUACUUUGGGCGUCUGUAUGCUACCAUGGCCAUCGCCUUUGCAGUUUUUACGACCUAUCCCUUUGGUGGAUGGUCACAUACAGUGUUUCACCUCAUCUUUUGGAACGUGCCGCCCAUGAUGAUGACCUACAUUCCAACACUACCAGCGAGUCAAGACCAACUACAGCUGGCAGCACAGUGUGCCGUGUGGGCAGGAUCAUCCUAA